UUUCAGAAGGGGCUCUGUCAGAUGCAAGAGUAGUUUCCUUGGAAGAAAUCCCUGUGAAAAUUGCUGAAACAUGAAAAAAAUCAUUUUCCUCUUUCUCGUUGCCUUGCACUUGGAUGGGACUUUUGGAUGGGGAAUUAGGAACGGAAUACUCCACAAUUCCAUCUGGUUAGAACAAGCAGCUGGAGUCUAUCACCGAGAAUCAAGGAACGGAAAAUACCAACUCACCUACAGAGAGGCGAGAGCCGUGUGCGAAUAUGAAGGGGGUCAGCUCGCAACGUAUGAGCAACUGGAGGAAGCUAGAAAGAUAGGGUUCCAUGUCUGUGCCGCAGGAUGGCUACACAAGGGAAGAGUGGGCUACCCCAUAGUCAAGCCUACGUUCAACUGUGGAUUCGGAAAAAAAGGCAUCAUUGACUACGGCUACCGGUUAAACAAGAGUGAAAGAUGGGAUGCCUACUGCUACAACCCACACGCAAAGGAGUGUGGUGGGGUGUUUACCGAGCAAGAGAGAAUUAUUAAAUCUCCAGGAUAUCCAAACGAAUAUGAGAAUGAACAAAUCUGUUACUGGCACAUUCGGGUUAAUAUCGGUCAGCCUAUUCUCCUGCAGUUUCUAGAGAUGGAUAUUGAAGAGGAUACCGACUGCAUGUCCGACUACCUGGAAAUAUACGACAGCUAUGACGAUGUCUAUGGUUUUGUGGGAAGAUUUUGUGGAGACAUGAUUCCUGAGGACAUCAUCAGUACAGGGAAUGUCAUGACGUUAAAGUUCUUGUCAGACAGCUCCAUCACGGGGGGAGGUUUUCAAAUCAAAUACACGGCGCUCGAGCCGCACUUCAUCCAAGGAAUCAACACAAACUCCACGGCCGAAGCCAACAAUGACUUUUCACAUCAGGACACUGAAUAAAAAACACAUUGGCGCUGACGUUUUCAAAAAGCAAAGAGCAAGUGAAAUGAUUCUGAUGGCGGUGAUUCAUCUGUCCUCGCUGCGGCUAAUGUGGACAUUUCUGGGCAAAGCUCCAACUGACUUGACCGGGAGACGACUGGAACACUUAGCGUCCAGCAGACUUUGAUAGAUGACUUCUUCAAGUUUCCCUCCCGCAAACUGUAGUGACCGAGUUGAUGGAUUACGAGAAAGUUGGUAUUUUGACACUUGUACAUGAACACAGAUUUGGGGUAUUCUAGUUUCAGCCCAUAAAGGUUAUUUAUUACAUAAUAAAAAAGGUGUAUAAUUUUCCAAUAUACUUUCUCAAUCAAUUCUUCUUGGUUUUCUAGACCCGUGUUUGCUGUCGUUGAACUGAAGCCUUCAUUGUUUACGUCCAAUGGAAAAUCUGUCAUAGUCAAGUGAUGUACUGGC